ACAGAGCGAGGUCGCCGGCGAUGGGGUAGCAAUAGGACGCGAGCUGACUACCUGACUCCGGACGGCGGCGCAGAACGCCGGCCGCGCGAGGGGCGGGGGCUAAGCGUAUCCAGGGGCGGUGCUGCAGGGCGCGGGAGGCGGGAGAGGCUGCCGCGCCGGUGCCCUGACAGCCGCAGCCCCGCCCCGCCGCGUCCGACCCGGUCCUGUCCCGCAGCGUCCCGCCCGCCAGCUCCUUGCACCCUCCCCGGCCGAGGGGCUCCUCAGUGCUCCCCGCGCGGCCAUGGCUCAGCACUUCUCCCUGGCCGCCUGCGACGUGGUCGGAUUCGACCUGGACCACACUCUGUGUCGCUACAACCUGCCCGAGAGCGCCCCGCUCAUUUAUAAUAGCUUUGCCCAGUUCCUAGUUAAGGAGAAAGGGUACGAUAAGGAAUUGCUCAGUGUGACCCCAGAGGAUUGGGAUUUCUGUUGCAAAGGUUUGGCAUUGGAUCUAGAAGAUGGGAACUUCCUUAAACUUGCAGAUAAUGGCACUGUUCUCAGGGCAAGCCAUGGCACCAAGAUGAUGGCUCCAGAGGUACUGGCAGAGGCAUAUGGCAAGAAAGAAUGGAAGCACUUCUUGUCGGACACUGGAAUGGCUUGCCGCUCAGGAAAGUAUUAUUUUUACGACAACUACUUUGACCUGCCAGGAGCUCUUCUAUGUGCCAGGGUGGUGGACUAUUUAACAAAACAGAACAAUGGUCAAAAAACAUUUGAUUUUUGGAAGGAUAUAGUUGCUGCUAUACAACACAAUUAUAAAAUGUCAGCUUUUAAGGAAAACUGUGGAAUAUAUUUUCCAGAAAUAAAAAGAGAUCCAGGCAGAUAUUUACACAGUUGUCCUGAAUCUGUGAAAAAGUGGCUUCGACAGCUAAAGAAUGCUGGGAAAAUUCUUCUGUUAAUUACCAGUUCUCACAGUGAUUACUGUAGACUUCUCUGUGAAUAUAUCCUUGGGAAUGAUUUUACAGACCUUUUUGACGUUGUGAUUACAAAUGCACUGAAGCCUGGUUUCUUCUCCCACUUACCAAGUCAGAGACCUUUCCGGACGCUCGAGAAUGAUGAGGAGCAGGAGGCGCUGCCAUCUCUGGAUAAACCUGGCUGGUACUCCCAAGGGAACGCUGUCCACCUCUAUGAGCUUCUGAAGAAAAUGACUGGCAAACCUGAACCCAAGGUUGUUUAUUUUGGUGACAGCAUGCAUUCAGACAUUUUCCCAGCUCGUCACUAUAGUAAUUGGGAGACAGUCCUCAUCCUGGAAGAACUCAGAGGGGAUGAAGGCGCGAGGAGUCAGAGGCCUGAGGAGUCAGAGCCUCUAGAGAAGAAAGGAAAAUAUGAGGGACCAAAAGCAAAGCCUUUAAAUACUUCAUCUAAAAAAUGGGGUUCUUUUUUUAUUGAUUCAGUUUGGGGACUGGAAAAUACAGAAGACUCCUUGGUUUAUACAUGGUCUUGUAAGAGAAUCAGUACUUACAGCACUAUUGCAAUUCCAAGUAUUGAAGCAAUUGCAGAAUUACCUCUGGACUACAAAUUUACAAGAUUCUCUUCAAGCAAUUCAAAAACAGCUGGCUACUAUCCAAAUCCUCCACUGGUCUUAACAAGCGAUGAGACACUGAUAUCCAAAUAAGUUGUCUUUAUUGGAAAAUGAAAUGAAGACCCAUAUAUGCAGUAAAAAAAAAAAAAAAAAAAAAAAAGUCAAAAAAUACUGUAAAAGACUUUAAGGAACGAGUUUUAUUGACCAAGAAGUUGAUAUUUGCCCAUAGGUAUCCUUUCUAUAAAUCAUCUUGAUGUUUAACAACUCUUAUUAUAUUAAAAUCUUAGUAUCCUAAAACUUAGAACCUUAUUGAUAUUUUCUAUACAAUAGUUUUGUGAUUAGAAUUCACCUGGGGACACACACUCCCACACACAGUCAUUCUUACACAUAUGCCUAGUUCAGUGGUUCUCAAAGUGUGAUCCAUAGACUAAUAGCAGAGCAUUACCUGAGAACUUGAUAAUGCACAUUGCAGGCCCCACCCAAAACCUGUUGAAUCAGAAGCUCUGAGAGUGGGGCCUACCAAUCUGGUUUAACAAGCCCAUCAGGUGAUUCUAAUUUACACCACAGUUUGAGACCCACCGACCUAGAACAUAUCCUCCAGAGACUUGGCUUAAUUGGUCUGGCUAAAUAUAGCUGAGCAUUGUUACCUUUUAUAUGCCCUAGGAAAGUGCAGCCAGAAUUGAAAACCAACUGAUCUAUACCAGUUCUUUCAAUUAAUAGUCAAGAACACUGAGUCCAGUGAGAUUAAGUGAUUUUUCCAGGCUAUGAGGUUUUAUGCUAUUCCUGUGUUCUCUAAAACAAGAAAAUAAAAAGACAUGAUUUCUGUUCAUACAGCAAGUAUGGAACAGAGAUGGUCUAGAAGUCAAUUAUCUCAACCUCCAUUGUUACUCACUAGUUUUUUUUUUUUUUCUAAUAAUGCUAAAGGCUAUUUAAUUUAUUUAAUCAGCUUUAAGCAUUACAUUCUCAGUAGGGGACGAAAAAUUGGUUCUUGGGGUGAAAAAAAAUACUAGAUGGGGUGAAAAAAAAUAUGGAUAGGAUGACUUCCAAAAUCACCCUAUCCAACAAAAUCUUAUUCCUCAGUAUUAAUUUCUCUCAUUGGGAAGAAAUUUGUAGUUGAAACUAUUUAAUUUAAUUUGAAUUUAAUUUCUGUAAUUGGGAAGGAGGGUAAUAAUGAACAAAAAGUUUGAGAAAAAAUGCUUUAAGGGGUUUUACAGGCAUACUACAGUCCAGGACUGUGGUGUUCUAUGUGCUAUGUAUAGUCAUAUUAGUAGCUAUUUGUUGCAAGAUACUUGAAGCCAAAUGUUUGCAGUAUCCGUUCCUGGCUACUCUUUAAGCUGUGAUUUCACUCUGUCUAUCAUGGGCAGUAUUAGAAAACAUACUGGUUUUCACUAUCUGGUUUUCAAACACUAUCAUUAUUUUACCUGGAUUGUAGUGGAGAAUUGAGCAUAUCAAUGCAUGCACUGGAAAGAAAAAAAUUUUGUUAAAAUUUGGAAAUGUUCAGCUAAAUCCCAGAUAUACUGUGGGAUGAGUUAUCUCAGGGUAGGGAAAAAAAAAAAAUUACUAAAAUUUUUCCCUCACAGUCAGUAGCUUUCUUUGAUAUUUAACAAUAAGUAUAUAGUGAUAUACUUAAAGUUUAUGUCCAGAAUGUCAUUGGAAUAUUACAAUGAGCAUAAAUAAGCUUAGGACUACAUGAAAGAUGCUAUCUCAUGUAUGCUUUAAAUAGAAAAUUGAUUUCUUUUAAAAAUAAAACUAUUUUUCCUUAUCCAUGUUUAUUCUGUAAAUGGCAAAUAAUACAUCUUUAAAUACUUAUAAACUACUGUUAAUAUGAAAAAUGAGAACUCCAAAAUAAGAAAUAAUUGCACUUUUUGGGCCACUGAGUAGUGGCGGGGGUUCGGGAGGCAGAAUUUGGUUGUCAGAAGUUCUACACGCCCCUUUAGCAUUCUACCUAAAGACCCUGAACAAGUUACCAACAACUGGGCUUCAGUUUUUUCCAUCUUAUAAAAGGAGAGGUUUAGUUUAUUUCUAAGUUUCCUUCCUUUCUAGCAGUCAGUAUUUCUUCUAAUGAAUGUUUUUUUCUAUAAUUAGCAAGACUAUAAGUUGGUUUUUUAAAUUUGUAUUUCACUGUUUCUAAAAAGUGCCAGUGUUUCUGAUUGGAUAUGAAGAUUAAAAAUAAUCAUCCAAAUGUGGCACCAAAAAAAUUAAAAAGAAAAUAUUAAAGUAGUUAUAUGAAACAAAAAAAUUGUAUAAAUGGGCAGAAGACAUGUAAUAUUUGCAUACAGGCAAACAUUCAUAAUCUAAAGGACACCUAAAAAUAGAUUUAAGGGAGCGGAGGUUUUCUUUGCUGGCCACUGUCCAUCGCAUCAGCAGAGGAAAGAUCUGAAUGGCUCAGUGACCAAAUGUUUUGUCAGAAUCUGGCAUUUGGAAUACUGAGGUAGUAAAAACUUCAACUGAACCAUGAAUUGCAAUCUAAAAUCAACUGAGUUUGUUAAACUCUAAACUGAAAUCAAGUAUUAUUUCCCCACCAAUGUUCAUAUCCAAAAAUAACUUUAAAUACACACACUUUUAGUGAACUGGCUUGAAUGAAAAUAAAUUUAUAUAAUUAUUUUAUAUAACAAAUCAGCAUAAAGUGGAAAAUCAAACUGCCUCUCUAGGUAUAAUAACCUUGACUGAAUGGUAGAAAUAGAUGGAUAGCUUUUUAAAAUAUUCAGUGUUGGAGUAACAGUCCCUUACAUCUUUUCAGGCUCUUGAGCACAAGAAGACUAUCCUAACAGUUGGUUCCCAGAUUGGUGCAAGACUGGAAUACACUUGACUGCUUUUGUUAAAGCCAUGACAGCAUACCAAGUAAUUCACCCAGUAUGGUCUUAUGGCCAUCCUUGAAAAUCCCUGGGCAUGGUCCAGUUCAAAUGGAAUGAAUUCAAAAAGGUGUCUCUUGUUGGUCUCUAGAACUAUCCUCAGAAAUAAUAGUAAAAUAGUGGUCAUGAGUGCUGACUCCUCGCUAGGCUACUUCAUGUACAUUGUCUUGUUUACUCUCUACAGCAACCAUAUGAGAUGUAUAUAAUUAUUAAAUUGUACAGAUGGGAAAACUGAAAUUCAGAGUGAUUAAAUACAAUGCUUGCUCUACGUUACACUGUUACUAAGAGAGCAAUACAUGAACUCAGGUUUGAUCCUCAAAAUCACACUUUUAAUUACUUGAUACAUAACGUCUUCCCAUGUUGAAUCUAGACUGGGGCAAAUUCUCAGCCCAAAACCACACUUCAGUUUAGCAAUAAUGCCAUUCUAGGACAUAAGAGGGAUUAAAAGUGAAGACACAGUCUCUAUUCUUAAGUAAUUCAUAAUUUAGCCAAAUAUAUUAAAUAUCUGUAAUAUAAAACUUACCUAGGAGAGUAAAAUAGAGAUCCAAGAAUCAUAGGAGUCCUAAAGCAUAUAAUGAAUUUGCUCUUCUUGGAAGCCACACACACCAAGGUCAUCAGUAAGCAGGCCUACUCUUUCUUCGUAUUCUGGGUUAAUGUUCACCUUGACUGCUUGGUAAAUUUCCCUCAGUUGCUGAAGUAACCAAAAUGGAGAAUGAGUGAUGAAAACUCAUCUUUGAGUAAACUUAGUGGGAAAUGGGAUAUCUGGGCCUAUAGAGAAGUUGGGUCAUUACUUACAAUGACAACUAGAAAACUACAUAGACCGCUUGACAAUUAGUUUCUUGAACCACAUACCUGUUCACAGA